AUGAAGAUCAUCCAACCUCCUCCGAAGCACAACCACACGCCCCAACCAGCUUCUUCUUCGUCUUCUUCUUCUUCUGCUUUCCCCUCUUGCGAGCAACCCAACCCGGCCACACCGUGCCCAUCCACGCCCGGCACGCCCGGUCCGACCUUCAUCUUCCUCAUCGGCGCCUCCGCCACGCACCACCCCGUCCCCUGCGCCCUCCUCUCCCGCUCCUCCCCCGUCCUCGCGCACACCAUCCGCGACGCCGCCUCCCGUCGCCACGCCCUCGUCACGCCCUGCGCCUACCUCCCCGACUGCGACGCGUCCACCUUUCACCGUUUCCUCGCCUUCCUCCACACCGGCGACUUCCCCUCCCCCCUCUUCCGCUCCGUCCCGCCCAGCCAUCCCCCCACCCGCUACCGCAGCCGCUUCCUGCCCCCCGCCGGCCCGUCCUCCCCCCGCCGGCGCCGCGCCUGGGCCAAGUUUGUCCGCCGUCGCCGCUACGCCGGCCCGCGUCUUGCACGAUUCGACAACGACUGGGAAGGCGGUGAGGUGGACGACGAGGGCCAGUUUGCGCUGUGCGCGGUGGUACGGGUGUACCUCCUCGCGGCGCGCUACGAGGUGGCGGAGCUGGUGAGGUUGUGCCUGCACAAGCUGCACAGGCUGAUCGUGAGCGUGCGGGAGAUCUGGGACGGGGUGCACUUUUUGCGGCUGUGCGCGCGGCAGGCGAAGCUGUGGCCGUGGCUGGCGGAGGAGCACUGA